AUGCUCCCCAAUAACAAGCCGCUCAACCGGAGCGACAGCUACGACGACCAGGUCGUUUACGACUUUGUCACCGCCGAAGAUGGAUCGCGACAGGAUGCCUGUCGCAAGAUGAAGAUCCGCUGUAUCGACAAGGAGAACCCCCCAUGCAAAAGGUGUCGGCACAUGAAGCUUCAGUGUCGGUUCGCCGUGCCCCCCGUCCCGAGGGCAGUGUACGAGGAGAACGAGGCGACCAAGCACCGCCUCGAGUCUCUUGAAGGGCACGUCUCCGGCAUCUACAGCAAGCUGGAGGACAUUUCGUCUGCGCUGCUGCGUCUGGCGCCGCAGACGCCAUCCGACACGGCGUCGCCUUCACUGGCACGGCACCACCAGCAUGGCUCGGCGUCGUCGUCUACCGCCCACCAUCCCUUGCGACCGCCGCUUCCUCGUGGACAGUCGCUGUCACAAACCAACACGCCAGGCACCCACGACUCACAUUACACUCGCUGGCAGGGGGAUGGGCUCGCCGAGCCGGUGCCGUCUGCCGCCGCGAGGCCGGGCAUGGCGAACCAGUCGCAGAGCAUGGACAACAUGCCUCUCCCUCGGCCCAACUCGACUGGUGAUGCACGCGGCCCGGGCACAUCGAGCCCUCAUCCGUCGAUGCAGAGGGGGGCGUCGGCACCUGCAGUCCCCCGUACAUCGUCUCCCACGUACGAGGAUCACGAUGACCCACUCCAGAGCGCAAUGGUCAACGAGCCAUUCCGCGAGAUCACGAGAAGGGAGGAGGAACUAUGUCUUAUUGCCGAGCAGCACGACCCCGCGACCAUCCCUCGUCGUGCCAGGCGGCCGAGCCACAGCAUUGUGCGCGAUGUGAGCCGUAACAGGCUCGCCAAGCGGCGCCGAGUCGACGGCGAGGCGCAUGUCGACGAAGAGGACGACGUCGACGGUGAGGGGGCCGAGGACUGGGCUCCGCUGCCUAUCCGUGAGAAGGGCGAUCCUCUACGCCACGACUUUGACCCGGUACGAAUGGGCCUCUGCACCGAAGAGGAGGGCAAGGCGCUGUUCCAUGAGUUCUUCAAGUACGCCCACCCGUUCAUGCCCAUCUUCGACCCCCGUGAGGACACAUGGGAGCACGUCCGCCGCCGCUCGCCAUUCUGCAUCACCGUCAUCAUCAUGGUUGCUCUCCGCGCGCGUGAGAGUGCUGGCCCUCCCUCCGAGCUCUCCAACAAGUGCAGGGAGGAAGCUGAGAAGAUGGCCAAGGCGACAUUGUUCGAGCCCAUCGCCACGCUUGAGACGCUGCAGGGAUUGAUCCUCAUGAUUGCAUGGGGCCAGCAUGCAUGGCGUAUCUGUUGCCAUGCCAUGGCUCUCGCCGUCGACAUGCGCCUAUACCGCUGCCUGCCGUACCUGCACAAGAUCCGCACCGACAGCCAGAACCCCAACCACAUGCUAGAGCGUCAGCGCCCACUCGUGGUUGGAGCACGACUGUGGCUUGCGCUGGUCAAGCAGACCUAUGAGAUGUCGUACAACCACGCGCUCCCCAUUCUGUUCCCAUCGCCUCACCGCCGGCGAACGGCGUACUCUCGUGGACUGCUCGACCACCCCCUCUCGACCAUCUACGACUCGCGCCUUGUCAUCUCGGUCGAGAUCCACGAAGUCCGCGAAGGCGCGUUCAGGCCAUACGAGUCGAUUGCCACCCUCGACCAGGCCGAGAUGGACGAUAUGCUGCGCAGCGCCAACCAGGGCAUCAACGAUCUGUACGACUACUGGAUCGAGUAUUACCACCGCAUGGGGCUCUCGGCCGACCAUUUCUUGAUGAUGGAGCUUACGAACCAGCGGGCUUAUGCCAUUAUGUUUACCAAUGCCCCGGCCUGGUACGGAGUGCACAAGCAGCCCGAUGUCCAUCUCCUCUCGCACGAGCGUCAGCAGUGGAUUGCCGCCGCUGUUCGCUCUGGCGCCUAUCUCAUCUCUACAGUGUCAAACAAGCAGCUCGAGAAGGACUCGGAAUUUGGAAACCACAACUUCCAUGUCGGCAUUGUUGCAACGGCACGGUACCUCAUCCGAAUGGUUGAGCUCCUGCCAGGCGUCGUCGAUCUGUACCAGGUCAGCCUGGAUAUCGACCGCCUGCUUAUUAAGCUGCCAUAUUACCCGGUUCAGCCCUUUGCCGACGGCCUCCGCCGCACGCUCAUCAAGGCGCGUGAACAAGGCAUCCUGCCUCACACGACAUUGACCGAGGAGGCGGCCCGGCAGCCUACAGAUCUUGCCCCACCACCCAAGCCUCGCCCUGGUACCCCGGGUUCAGGAAUUUCCGAGUUCCCCGGCUUCAACCCGUUCCCAUGGAACGACCCGAUCCAGCCUGGCAACCCGAUGGCGACGGCCUCGCUUUCCAUGACCCGCGCGUCCAUCGACGCGACCGACGCCGGCCGCGCUGCCACUGUCAUCCCCGAGAACGUGCCGUGGCCCGAAGUGGAUUUCAACCUCUCAGACUGGUUCCCUGCACCAGAUGACCCUCUCGGAAUGCUUCCUGUGGAUACGAGUGCGCUUGACGGCGACAUGUCCAACUGGUUCCCGGCAGCGCCUCAAGUGUGGAUGGACGACCCAGCGGCGGAUCUCAUAUCUCGCUACAACACCGCAUACGAGACGGGCUCCCGCCGGUCUACCGUCUUCAGCACCAAAGGCGUCGUCUGCAGCUCGCAGGUCUUGGCGUCGGAAGCGGGUCUGUCGAUCCUCCGACAGGGCGGCAACGCUGCGGACGCGGCCGUCGCGACUGCGGCGGCUCUGAACGUCGUCGAGCCAUGCAACACUGGCAUUGGCGGCGACGCUUUCGCCCUCUUCUGGGAUGCCAAGCAGAAGCGCGUGCGUGCCGUCAACGGCUCGGGUCGCAGCCCCGCAGCGCUCAACCUCGAGGUCGUGCGCGGCGCAGGGAUCACAGGCGACCUGAUCCCCUACACUAGCGCGCAUGCGGCCACCGUGCCCGGCGCAGCGGCGGCGCUGGUCGACAUCCACGCGACAUUUGGCAGCGGCAAGCUGACCCUCGCCGAGGUGCUGGCCCCGGCUAUUCAGCUCGCCGAGGAUGGAUUCGGUGUGCACCAGAUGGCUAGCUACGAGUGGAACCUGUUCGAGGACUGGCUCCAGAAGGUCGCGGAAAAGUAUGGCCCCGGCUACCCGUUCCUCAUUGACGGCAAGGCCCCCAAGCCGGGGCAGUACUUUUCCAACCCCGACCUCGGGCGCACGCUGCGCGAGCUCGGUGCAAAGGGCAAGGACGCGUUCUACAAGGGUCGCAUUGCCGAGGCCAUCGUGGAGGCCGUCAACUCGAACGGCGGCGUCAUGACACUCGAGGACCUUGCCAACCACGCGACCGACUUUGUCGAGCCCAUCUCGUACACCUACUCGACAGAAAAGCUGCGCGUGUACGAGUGCCCGCCCAACGGCCAGGGCCUCGCCGCGCUGAUCGCGCUCGGCAUCCUCGAUGUGCUGCGUGAGGAUGGCGUGAUCGACCUUGAGACGGUCAAGGAGGGCGGCGCGGAGUGGUUCCACGCGGAGAUCGAGGCCAUCAGGCUUGCGCUCGCCGAUGCUGGCGCCUACGUCGCCGACCCCAACUUUGUCGAGGUGCCAGUCGAGAAGCUGCUGUCAAAGGAGUACCUGCGCGAGAGGGCAAAGCUGUUCAACCCCAAGGUAGCGACCGCCAAGUACCACCAGGGCAAGCCACUGUCUACCAGCGACACUGUCUACCUCACCGCGGCUGACUCGGAGGGCAACGCGAUCUCAUUCAUUAUGAGCAACUAUCUCGGCUUCGGCACGGCCAUCGUCCCCAAGGGCUGCGGCUUUACCCUCCAGUCUCGCGGCUCGGCGUUCAGCCUCGACCCCAACUCGCCAAACGUGAUCGAGGGCGGCAAGCGUCCCUUCCACACCAUUAUCCCUGCCAUGGUGACCAAGGACAACGAGCUCUUCAUGUCGUACGGAGUAAUGGGCGGCCCGAUGCAGCCUCAAGGUCACGUCCAAGUCCUGACUACGUUGCUACACCGCGGUCGCGACCCGCAACUUUCGUUGGAUGCCAAGCGCUUCUGUGUGGGCGGAACCGGGCUCUGGGGACAAAACGCUAAGGAAGCGCUCCACAAUCGCUCAGUGGCCAUUGAGCACGGCGUCGACCCAGAAGUCAUCGCGCAGCUCCGUGCGCUUGGUCACGAUCUCGAGCUUGUCAAGGGUCCAGAGCAGCAGUUCUUUGGCAAGGGCCAGGUGAUCCUCCGGACGGUGGACAAGCGCACGGGCAAGGUUGUGUGGGCGGCUGGCUCGGACUUUAGGGGUGAUGGAUCGCAUUGA